AUGGUGCAGAAAUCUCUCAACGGCGGGGUUUACCCAACUCAAGCCGGAGAGAAGAAGCACAAAGUCGGGUUUGUUGGAUUGGACCCCGGGGCUCCUGAAUCCAGCAGGGAUGGGGCGCUGCUCAUUGCGGGUUCGGAAAGCACCAAGCGGAGCAGCAUCCUCUGCAGACCGAGGUCCAGCAUCUCCGCCGGGAGACCCAGACCGUCGAAGAAAAAUGCCAGCUAUCGGAAACUACAGAAUUUCCUCUAUAAUGCGCUGGAAAGACCGCGGGGAUGGGCGUUCAUCUACCACGCUUAUGUAUUCCUCUUGGUCUUCUCCUGUCUCAUACUCUCAGUCUUUGCCACCAUCAGAGAGUUCAAAAAGAGCUCAGAGAGUGCCUUGUACAUCCUGGAAAUUGUGACCAUCGUGGUGUUUGGGGUGGAGUACAUCGUAAGGAUAUGGGCUGCUGGCUGCUGCUGUCGAUACAGAGGAUGGAGAGGGAGGCUGAAAUUUGCCAGAAAGCCUUUCUGUGUCAUAGACAUUAUGGUGCUGAUUGCCUCAGUAUCUGUACUAGCAGCUGGAUCUCAGGGCAAUGUUUUUGCCACCUCGGCCAUCAGGAGUUUGAGAUUCCUGCAGAUCCUGCGCAUGCUGCGUAUGGACCGCCGUGGAGGCACCUGGAAGCUGCUCGGAUCUGUAGUUUAUGCCCACAGCAAGGAGCUCAUCACAGCAUGGUACAUAGGCUUCCUGUGCCUCAUCCUGGCUUCAUUCCUGGUCUACUCUGUGGAAAAGGAGUUAAAUGAUGAGUUUGAGACGUAUGCUGAUGCUCUUUGGUGGGGACUGAUCACUCUCACCACCAUUGGUUAUGGUGAUAAGGUUCCCAAGACCUGGUAUGGACGCUUGCUGGCAGCCACAUUCAGCAUGAUCGGGGUUGCCUUCUUUGCACUUCCCGCUGGCAUCCUGGGUUCUGGCUUUGCCCUGAAGGUCCAAGAGCAACACAGGCAAAAACAUUUUGAGAAGAGACGCAACCCUGCAGCAGGACUCAUCCAGGCUGCUUGGAGGUUUUAUGCUACCAACCUUUCCCGCACAGAUCUGCUGUGCACUUGGGAUUUUUAUGAGCAGACUGUAGCAAUUCCAAUGUACAGAAUUAUUCCACCCCUGAAUCAGCUGGACCUGCUGAGGAAUCUGAAGGGCAAGUCAUUCAGGAAGGAGUCUCAGACAGAAACCUCUCCCAGUAAUGAAAAUGCACACAAAGACAGACUUUGCGGGUGCUGUCCGAGAACUAUUAGUCGGAAGGCCAGCCUGAAGGACAAGGUGUUUCCCAGUCCUUCCAAGGCUCCCAUGGCCAAGGGGAAGGCCCAGUCUCCGGGUGCCGAGGAGGGGGCUGAGGCAAGCCCCAGCAAGGUCACCAAGAGCUGGAACUUCUCUGAGAAGAGCCGAGGGCCGAAGCACGCCUUCAGAGUCCGGGGCAGCACUUCACGCCAAAACUCAGAGGCAAUUGAAGGUUUAAUAAAGGCGAGCCUCCCAGGAGAGGAAAUUGGUGACGAUAAGAGCUGCCACUGUGAGUUUCUCACUCAAGAAUUACCUCCAGGAUUGAAGGUUACAAUAAGGGCAAUCUGCAUCAUGAAGUUUCUGGUGUCAAAGCGGAGGUUCAAAGAGAGCCUGCGGCCUUACGACGUCAUGGAUGUGAUCGAGCAGUACUCUGCAGGUCACCUGGACAUGUUGUCUCGCAUUAAGAACCUGCAGUCCAGGAUAGAUAUGAUUGUGGGGCCCCCUCCCCCAUCAACACCUCGCCAUAAGAAGUCCACAGAAGGUCCUAGAGUUGACCAGAUAGUUGGUAAAGGUCCUAAAGCUGAAGGAGAGGCUGCAGAGGAUCAGAGCAUGAUGGGACGACUGGUCAAAGUAGAAAAACAGGUGGUGUGUAUGGACAGGAAACUCGAUUUCCUGGUCAAUGUGUAUUUGCAGCGUAUGGGCAUCCCUCGUUCUGAAACGGAGGCCUUUUUCAACUCCAAAGAGCCGUAUCCAGCCCCGCCUUACCACAGCCCAGAGGAAAGCAAGGAGGUGAAGGAGGGAAAAGAGGAGGUGAAGGAGGAAAAGGAGGUGAAGACAUGCUCAGCUGCAGAUGUCCCGUGCUCUGACGGGUCUUUGGAAAAGAAAGACCCUUUGCUGGGUCGGUCUGUGGCGAGAUCGGUGGGUACUCCCUCCAGCAACAGCCGCCCCUCUACCUCUUGGCAGCACCAACUGCAACACCCCCUCAGCCAGCCUGCCUGGAACAGCAGCGUGGCCAACACCCCGUCACCGGUCGGUGGCAGCGGCGAGCACUCGCCCACCCUGUUCCGACUUCCGCCUCCACCUGCUCCGGUCCACGACCGUUCCUCCUCCGGCCUCGGUGGCAACAGCAGAGAGAGCGGCUCCCAGAGCAGGAGGCGCCACAGGAGGCAGAGGUGUCAGCAGGAUGCCACUGCUGUGGAGAGCGACACAUCUCUCUCCAUCCCAUCUGUUGACCACGAAGAGCUGGAGCGCUCUUUCAGCGGCUUCAGCAUCUCCCAGGCCAAGGAGGACUUCUUUGGGCCUUCUUUCUUUACAGGCUCAGGAGGAGGAGGGGCUGGAGUAGGGACUGAAGCUGGAGCUGGACCUUCACUCUGUGCCAGAGUCAGGCCCUUCAUAGCAGAGGGCGAAUCAGACACAGACUCUGACCUCUACGCUCCAUCACCUCUGUCCUUCACUGGAGAGGUCUCCUGUGGAGAGAGGGGAUGGCCAGGACUGAAGUAG